AGAGAGCUAAUCCGAUGCAUUUGAAUGGGUGGGUUGAGGGCUGAGCUCGAGUGCAGCCGGAGUCCCGGACUCAGCGUGCGAAAGCAGCCCAGCCGCUUCCCCGCCGUGAACGACGCUGCGUGCGGCUCAUUCAAUCUGGAGCGUCAGAUGGUGCGACUGGCGGCGGCGCAAGGUGCCCCGCGUCUCUCCAUCGUCCCCCCUCCUCCGUGACUCGCCGCCGUCCAUCGACAUCGCAUCGCCACCCAUUCGCGCAUUACAGCCGAUCCCCGACACAGAGGACAUCUAGGGCAACGCGCUGAGGCUCCGCCGAUCCUGGACUGGCACCCGGCACAUGCCGGAUAACGCAACGGAACGGAGGAACAACGUCAGUCAUCGGUCUGGAUUGUAUGGGCAAAUUGCUCUGUCUACUUCUGGAAAGAUAACAGCAGCAGAAUUUUCCCGUCCGUCGUUAACCCGGUAAAAUCAGUUGUAUCUCCCGACCUGGACACCCCAGCAGUGGAGGGAGGAGCGAUGGGAGCAGCUAUAUCGCCGUAAACAACACUGCUUUGUCUCAUCCACGAACUGUAGUGACUGACAUCGCUCAUCUGAAGCCAGAACAAUGAGACGGACUUCUGACUAGAUGCUUUUUCAAUCGCCUCUUUAUGUUCACUUUGUAGAAUAAUAAUAAUAAUAGGUUUUGGAGCUCUAUGAACCGGUGCAUGCAUGUGUCUUGUUUUUAUUUUAUUAAGAGACUGGCCACCGAUACCUAUUCUGACCUAACAGUCAGAAAUUUUCCACUUGAUCAACUGGCUGAAAAUUGGAAACACUGGCGAUAACCAACCGGGAUACUAGCCGCUGUGUCCGUCUUAAUUGCCUCCACGAUCGGAUACAAUUUUGUGCGCAAAACAGAAGAACACUAUCCUGUGGAUAAAGGUAUGCAUGGGAGAAGACAGUUGCAUUUGAUGAAUCGCGGGUGGAAGUGAAUUGGUCCUCGUCUCUGCUGGAACUGCUUUGUGGACACCGGAGAGAUUGGGGAUCUUGGAGUUAAAGCGACCCACGUGGAGCGAGCACCCUAGUCGGACUGUUAACCAUGGGCUGUUGCAGUGGUCGAUGUACACUUGCCUUUAUAUGUGGCAUUCAACUGGUCAGUAUAUUGGAACGGCAGAUUUUUGACUUCCUCGGGUACCAGUGGGCGCCGAUCCUCACCAACUUCGUGCAUAUCAUCGCUGUGAUCCUGGGCUUGUUCGGCACGGUCCAGUUCAGGCCCCGAUACGUCACCGGGUACGCCGUCUGGCUGGUGAUCUGGGUGACCUGGAACGUCUUCAUCAUCUGCUUCUACCUGGAGGUGGGGGACCUUUCCAAGGACACCGACUUGAUCAUGACCUUUAACAUCUCCAUGCACCGGUCCUGGUGGAUGGAGAACGGGCCGGGGUGUCGGGUGACCCCCGUGACCCCGCCACCAUCCUGGGCCCCUGAGGACCACCGUUACAUCAGCAUCUCCGGUUGCCUGCUGGAGUACCAGUACGUGGAGGUGGCCCAAAGCGCCCUGCAGGUCAUCUUGGCACUCGCUGGCUUCAUCUACGCCUGUUACGUCGUGAAGCUCAUCUCAGAAGAAGAAGACAGCUUCGACUUUAUAGGAGGGUUCGACUCCUACGGUUACCAGGGGCCGCAGAAGACGUCACACUUGCAGCUCCAGCCUAUGUACAUGUCAAAGUAAACAGGACAACUGCCUUACGAACACAUCAGAUAGAAAUGUCUCAUUUUCUUUCGUCUUUCUUAAUUGUCUUAAAUAAUAGUGUCUUAUAAAAUUGACUGGAAAGAAGAGAAUGUUUUCCGUCCGCAGAAAGCGAAAUGAGCGCAGUGGAUUUUUCUUUCUUGCUGGCCAGCCGACGCUCGGCAGAGCGACUGGAGAGACUCUGGCUGAGACUCGGGGGGAUGCUGGCAGCAGAUGCGAGAGCGCCCCCAUGUGGCCACGUCCUUCUUUACGGAGCUGCGCUGACGGUUCUCCCUUCAUGUCUGACCGAAGAAUGAAUACCGUACGUUAUGAAGGCAGCGACAUCACGCCGAUUUUAACCAAACUCGCUUAAAAAGAUAGAAAAUGAGCAAAAAAGAGAAAAAAAAACGUCUGCAACUGUGCCAUGUACUAAAAACGAUGUUGUGACCCGGGUGCUUGGAGUCUGUCGAUUACAGUGAUUAGAAAAUGCUCUUCUCUAAAUGAAUGUCCUUUACGUCAUCGAUACACCUUCAGAUUUAUUAAGACAGUGCCCCUGGCUUCGUAAGAAAAGAAAAAGUUCGAUAGAAGAUAUUGAUUUGUAAAAGCAUUUUAUUUCCUGUGUGUUUACAUAUGGCUGUUCCUCGUAUCUUGGGCAGAAUGAUGUCAAACUCUGACCUAAAGAAAAGGGAAAACUUUGAUCAGGUGAUUGAAAGGUGAACAAGCUUCUCCUUUCUUGUGACGUUUUUCCUGAAAGUGCCAAGAACCAUAAAAAAAUGAAUUAAAUUAAAUGGACUAGACAUAAUUUGGAUGUUUCCUUGUAGUUGGGAAUAUUUUUUAAAAUACUAGCAGGAGUCAUUUAAACUAAAUAUCUUCCUAGUUUUAGUUAACUUAUUUUAUAGAGAUUUUUUUAUACUGUCCACACAAAAGCAUUAUGGAAUAACUUUCUGUGUUUUUUUGUUUCGUGUAUAUUUCUGUUUUUUUUUUUUUUUUUUAGAAAUCUGUCGCCUAUUGGGAGAAGAUGGUAAUUUUAUUUAGAAUAAUCAAUGAGAGUGCAUCGUGAGCUUCCGCAAGGCAGCCCCGAAUCCUGGCAAACGGACGUCGCGAAAUAAACUCGGAUCCCAGCGCUAUUUUUUACCGCCUACGAGUCGUAGGUCCUACGACAGCGUUUCUUUUUUUCUAGUUGGGUAGUAGUUCGUUGCGUUCGCCGGUAAAGGGCGUUUCAUUCUUUCCUUCUUCCUCUUUUACUAGCUGUACAGAUGUACAAAAGCAGCCUGGGCGGGGGUAAAUCACGGCUAGCGUGGUGACCGAGAGCCGAGGUGCGCGCUAGAGUUUGUGCUGUGACUGAAAUGUUGUGCUUUGUGUAGUGGACAUGUCCUCGCAUCCCGGAGAUAGGGCCUGUGUGUCUGUAGCAAUACUGCGGGAUUCCCCUGCUUGCGGGGUCCUCCCACUAGGGGGCGCUAGAGGAGCUGAGAUCGGCUCUCUCGCACCCAAGUCCUGCCAGCCGUUGUAUAAAGCGUCCAUCUAGCAACAGGGGUAAAUCAACACUUUCUUUAAAUGCUCGCUGUCCUCCAGGUAAAUGAUUGCCCUUCACCCAUUCUCUGUUCAAGUCAGUUGCUCCUCUGUGUUCCCCUAAUUAACUCCUUUAAAUCACACAUGGAUGUUUAAAUGGAUCCUCUCAGGCCCAGAAUAUUAUGUGUGCGGUGAGAUUAGGUCUCUCAGGCCCCCAGGUUAACUAUGGUGAAUGGGGACUUCGAGCAAAAAAACAGUGAAUUACUCCCCAUAUUUCAUUUAAAAAUGGAUCAUUAAAAAUGUACAUAUAUACACCCAGUCAGCAUAAAUCUCUUCCUGAGUAACGGUACUGCGAAAAUCCAGUAAGUGAGCGCAGACAAUAAACGUGAGUGCGUAACUGCAGCUGAGCCUGGGAACGCCCGAAUUCUGCAGGGAGACCAGUAAUGAAUUAGCCAAACACAUCCAGCCAGGGCGACAGCCUUGUGCACGACACAGACGUCUGCUUUCCGCAGUCCUAAGACCUCCCCACGUGAUUUAACGUCACCGACGAAGAGUUUGACUUUAAUUGAUUUGCUCAUCCGUGGGAAAUUCAGUCUGACCUUGUUCCAACAUCACUCGCCUGGUGACACAGGGCGACGUUUGGGGACAGACAGCUAAAAACAAUAAUUCUUAAAGCAGUUAUCAGAAGUCGAUCCUAAAAAAGAUACAUUCCAGCCCCCCGCCCCCACCCCCCUUGUUUAUUAUGGUACGGUCUGGCAGUGGGGCAGUAAAUCAGAAAUAGCACGUCUACGUUGGACACGGCGCGCACUCAAAAUCCGCCCCCCGAGCUUAUGAAGGUCAAACGCCGGUGCCGAUCCCUCCCCGCUUCUCGCUCGAACAUCCUCACUCUUAUCAGCUCCUUAGCACACGGGCUCCCCGCCACGCCAAUUCCCAGGACCCCCCCCCCUUGGCAGGAAGCCGAGGCAGGCGGCCCGCUGGAGGAGGUCCCUGAGGGGCGUCUGCAGAUACACCAUCCGCCACACGGUACCCCGACGUGACCCCCCCCUCACUGUGUCCAAUCCUCCAUGUGGAACUGAGGCCCGCC